AUGAACACACCAGUGAUUUCGGUGGUGCUUAACACAAUCAGUUUAGUUCAAAAGAAACAAACAAACAGCAAAACCAUGAAGCACUUCAUUGCCACCGCUUGUGUCCUUCUGCUACUGGCAUCAUCCGGCAUCUCCGCCGAUCCUCUCAAGGCAGCCGCCAACAACGAUGGGAUUCCAUCGCCGGGCGGCGCAUUUGCCAAAUGCCUGGAAGCCGAUUCCAUCUCGUGUCUACAGCUCACGCUCUUCCGCAAGGCCAAGUCCAUCUUCGACAAUCCCGCCAUCGAAAUCUUCGGCGGCGUCUCAUUGGUCAAGGCCAAUGAAGGACGUCAGGGCAAAUCGCUGGACAACACCCUGGCCGUUGAGGCCGCACCCACUGUGGAGGCGCGCACCGCCGAGAUGGGCAACUAUUUCAUGGACAAUGCGAAGAGCUUCUUCGCCGAGCGUUCGCUGAACUUCAACUUUGCCAAUGCCGCACGCAGUGUUGCCCGCGCCAUUCCCGAUGACAUCAAGGCCGAUCUGCGUGAACUGGUUGUUGAGUCGCGUACCCGCAAGAAGAAGCUGCUGAAGAAGUUCCUGCCCAUCCUUUUGGGAGUCGGCGCUAAGGUUGCUGUGCUCGCUGUUGGCGCCAUCAUUGGUCUCUUCUUCAUGGCCAAGAAGGCUCUGAUUGUCUCCGUGAUUGCCUUCGUCCUUGCCCUGGCUGCUGGUGCUUCCAGUGGUUUGAGUCGUCUGGGCGGUUCGGGCGGUUCCGGCGGUGGUCUGCUCGGCGGCUUGGGUGGUCUGUUCGGUGGCAAGAGCUCCAGCUCGUCUUCGGUCAGCUCUGGUGGCUGGUCGUCGGGCGGUGGCUCCUCCGGCGGUGGCUGGUCUUCGGGCGGCAACUCGGGCUGGGAUUCGCAUGGCGCCUACAGUGCGCCAGUGGCCCAGACCAUUGCCUACCAGGGCUACAAGCAGACCAGGCGGUAAGCCAUUGGGGCAUCCAACCCACCAAAACUGAAAUCGAUGAGUGACAAGGAGAGAGAACAUUCGCUGCUAAAGCACACGCACACAAAAUGAUGACAAUUUUCUAUGAAUGUCUAUACAUAUAUAUUUAUAUUUAUUUAUAAAUUAUUUAUUUUAAUUUAUUUACCUAAAACGUGAACGAGAGACGGGGGCGAGGUGCAAAAAAAUCACCCCACCCCCAAGAAACAAACAAAGCCAAUUAAGUGCAUUCCAUAAGAAUGAAUCUCUCAGAAACGAGAGACAACAACAACAAUAACAACAACAACACACCACCAAACACCACUCAACACCACCACCACCACCGAACUUCACUUUUCAUCUACACACCAAAAACAAACAACAGUCAACACCCAACAACACAACACAACAACAUCUACAACAACUACAAUCUAUACUUUACUCUACACACCCUAAUUUCACUCUUCUACUCUGUAAUCUAUACUCUGCUAUCUUAACUGAAUGUUUUCACGGCUUCACUUUGAUUUAUGUGCACAAAAUACUUGAAACUAGUCGCGCCCAUUAAUCAAAGGCAAGUCACUGUUUGCUCUAACUAUCAUCAAUCUAUCAGUCUAUCUAUCUAUCAAUCUGUCUAUCUAUC